AUGAUGAUGGAGAGAGUGCUAUUGUUGUUUGGACUAUUGGCUCUUGCAACUGCAUAUACUAUACCAGUUUCACCUAAGGUACAUGAGGUGUAUGAGAAUGGUGAGGAUGAAAACCCCAUCUUAAACCUGGGUUCAGAUGCCAACCUGUUUGAGGGUGACAUAUUAGUUCCAGAAGGAAGGAAUGCCCUGAUUGAUAAAAGAUACAGAUGGAAAUUUCCAGUCCCUUACAUCCUGGGUGAUGACUUAGAUCUCAAUGCCAAAGGCUGCGUAUACCAGGCUUUUGAAAUGUAUCGGCUUAAGUCUUGUAUUGACUUCAAGCCUUAUGAAGGAGAGAAGACCUUUAUCAAGUUUGAAAAGAGAGGGGGGUGUUUCUCCAGUGUUGGUGACCAGCAGACUGGUCAGAUUCUAUCCUUGGGGUCAGGCUGUGACCACAAGGCCGUGAUUGAGCAUGAGCUUCUCCAUGCUCUAGGAUUUUACCAUGAACAGUCCCGCACAGACAGGGAUGACUAUGUCGACAUCUGGCUAGAUCAGGUUACACCAGGACUUGAACACAACUUCAACAAAUACAACGAUGACUUCAUAACUGAUCAAAACACGGCGUACGACUACGAGUCCGUCAUGCAUUACAGGCCCUUCUCCUUCAAUAAGAAUGAAUCCAUUCCCACCAUCACCACCAAAAUCCCAGAGUUCUACAACAUCAUUGGCCAGUACCUCGACUUCAGCAAGAUGGACACUCUCAGGCUCAACCGGAUGUACAACUGCUCUGGCCCUCUAACCUUGCUGGACCAGUGUGCCUUUGAGUACGCCAGCAUCUGCGGGAUGAUCCAGUCCUCCUCUGACGAUGCUGACUGGGUUCAUACCAAGAGUAGCGUCGGUGCAGAGGAUCACACACUCCUGGGAAAAUGCAGAGAUGCUGGGUACUUCAUGCACUUCAGCACAAUGACUGGGCAGCCUCAGGAGUCUGCUCUGCUGGAGUCUCGAACCCUCUACCCCAAGAGGAAGCUUCAGUGUCUGCAGUUCUUCUACAAGAUGACUGGAAGCCCCAAGGACAGGCUGGUGAUCUGGGUCAAGAUGGAUGAUGGCACAGGCACUGUUCGUAGAAUGAAGAAAAUACACACCUUUUAUGCGGAUUCUGACCACACAUGGAAGAUCGCCCACGUCCCAAUGACAGAAGGGGUGAAAUUCCGCUAUGCUUUCCAAGCCGUACGCGGCGACCCCUCCGUGUCUGCCGGUGGCAUCUACAUCGACGAUAUCAGCCUGACUGAGACCCGCUGCCCCAAUGCUGUGUGGAGAAUCCAGAACUUCUCCAAGAUCAUGGAAACUGCUGACUUCAACACAGUGAUCGACAGCCCUCGCUUCUACAGCCCUGAAGGCUACGGAUAUGGUGUCCGGGUCAUUCCUCUGACAACUUACAGUGAUUACACAGGGAACUACACUGGGCUGUACUUCCACCUGGCCAGUGGGGAGAACGAUGUGGUGAUGCAGUGGCCAGCGAUAAACAGACAGGCCACCUUGGUGGUGAUGGACCAAGACCCAGACAUUACCCUAAGGAUGUCCUCCGCCCGCAGCCUCACCACUGAUAUGAGGACGACAUCAGAUGGAAAGUUGUUUUGGGACAAUCCCUCCAAGGUGGGGUGGUAUGAUCCUUCCUGUGCUUGCUACAGAGGGGAAUCAUGGGGCUGGAGGAACUUUAUCAAGCACUUUGACCUCCGGCGGCGUAAUUAUCUCAAGAACGACGACCUCAUCAUCUUUAUCGACUUUGAGGACAUAACAUCACUGAUCCAAACAGAAGUUCCCAUUAAGCCAACGGAGUGCAAGCCGUUCCAACAUUUACUGGUUGGUUAUAAUGCAGACGCAGGUGAACUGAGGGACGACAUACCUGAGAUCAAUAAAGAGUUAAAACACCUUUUCGAGGGAGACAUUGCUGGUAAUCCCAGCAGAAAUGCAAUCCUCGAUCAAACAAGAAGAUGGAAGUUUCCCAUCCCCUACAUCUUGACUGAUUCUUUAGAACUGAAUGCUAAAGGUGUGAUCCUCCAGGCUUUUGAGGAAUACCGUUUGAGGUCCUGUGUGGACUUCAAGCCAUACGAGGGAGAGAGCAGCUACAUCUCCUUCACCAAGCUGUCUGGAUGCUGGUCAUAUGUUGGAGAUGAUAAAAUAGGCCAGAACGUGUCCAUCGGGGCCAGGUGUGACACCAAAGCCAUUGUGGAACAUGAGCUCCUCCAUGCUCUGGGCUUUUACCAUGAACAGUCUCGCUCAGACAGAGACGACUAUGUUAAGAUCUGGUGGGACCAGAUUGAAGAAGGGAAGGAGCACAACUUCAAUAAGUAUGAGGACGACUUCAUCACUGAUCUGAACACUCCAUACGAUUACGAGUCCAUCAUGCACUACAGGCCGCUGUCUUUCAACAAGAACGAAAGCAUCCCCACAAUCACCACCACCAUACCGUACUUUAACGAAGUCAUUGGCCAGCGGCUGGACUUCAGUGCCGUUGACAUCACCAGGCUGAACCGCAUGUACAACUGUGCCAGCACGCACACUCUCCUGGACCAGUGCUCAUUUGAGCUGAUCAACAUCUGUGGAAUGAUCCAGAAUGAGGAGGACAACGCAGACUGGGUACAGACGUUGAGCAGUUCAGCUGAUAUUGAUCACACCCUGGUGGGGCGCUGCAGAGAUUCUGGCUACUUCAUGAAGUUUGACACAUCUUCUGGUGAAGCUGGCAGCAGUGCUUUGCUGGAGUCACGUAUCCUCUACCCCAAGAGAGAUGAACAGUGCCUGCAGUUCUUCUACAAGAUGACCGGAGCAGCUGGGGACAAACUGGUUAUAUGGAUCAGGACUGAUGACGGGACGGGGACUGUGCGCAGUGUCAGGAAAAUCCACACCAUCACUGGUGAUGGAGAUGAUGCCUGGAAAAUAGCCCAUGUCGCUCUGAAGGUGACUAAGAAGUUCCGCUACUUCUUCCAAGGCAUCAGAGGAUCAUCCAGCUCCUCGGGCGCUAUCUUAAUCGAUGACAUCACUCUCACAGAGACGACUUGUCCCAGUGCCGUCUGGCAAAUCCACAAUUUCACCAACCUCCUCGUUACCACUCCCGUUGGCAGCCCUGUUAAAAGCAGGUGCUUCUACAACCCGGAGGGCUACUCGUUCGGUAUCAGCGUUUACCCUAAUGGAAGAGACAGUGGAUACCCAGACUAUGUCGGCCUGAGCUUGCACCUCUGCAGUGGGGAAAACGACGCAGUGAUGCAGUGGCCAGCCGAAAACAGGCAGGGAACCAUUGUAGUCAUGGAUCAGGACCCUGAUGUUAAACUGAGGAUGUCUUCUACAAGAAGCUUCACCACAGACGCUGAUGCCCGUUGGAACAAGCCAACAGAUACUUCAGGAGCAGUGUGGGACACCAGCUGCCUGUGCUACCGCGGUGGUGACUUUGGCUGGAGCACAUUCAUUUCUCACAAUCACCUGCACAGAAGGAGCUUCCUCAAGAACAGUGACCUCAUCAUUACUGCUGACUUCAACGAUUUGACCCACCUCAUCAAGACUGAGGUACCUGUCAAACCGGCUGCACCAGACAAUGACAUCACAGACGAGAAGCCAAUCAGAGAGGUGGAAAUGAUACCGGAGCCUCCAAAACACAGAGAGGCACGCGCUGCCAACCCCUGUCAUCCCAACCCUUGUUUUAAUGGAGGCGUGUGUGUGGAGAGAGAAGGGAAAGCCUCAUGCAGGUGUGCAACAAGCCAGACCACCUACUACACUGGUAAAAGAUGCGAGGAACUGAACAUCAACAGAGGCAUUCUGGGAGCUCUGAUUGGUGGUGCAGCUGGGACAGUAGUUCUGACACUGGCCAUCUUCACCGUCAUCAGGAGAGCUCAGUGAAACACACAGAGGGGACCAAUGUGCCCUCCGCAUUCAGUGGAAUCACAGCAAAAAUAGUGCCAUUACUGGAGGGAGAUAUGCCAAUGUAACCUGGGCCGUCUCUCUUGUACAUCCCCAUGUAACCCUUUUCAAAUCUAGACCUCCACCCUCAAAGUGCACAUUAAUACAGGGCUCACUUUUAAAAUGAGCACAUUUCUUAUGUAGUAUUAAUAGUAGUAAAUUACGAAUAACACUUCAGCCAGCACCAGAAGGAAGACUAGGACCAAAACCAAAUGAGCCCCAACAACCACUCUUUUUCUAGACUACAGAGGAAAAGACAGCUACCAAAUAACACCACGAUGCAGGAAGAUAGCAUCAACA